UUAAUGUUGGUGAGGUGAAGAGAAGCGCCAAAGUCAAUUAUCGGCCCCCCACAUGGACCAUUCCAGCUAGAUUAAUGAACACAGAAUCUUACUACUGAACAUUUUUUUCUUUGAUAAUGAGUGUGUCCCUUUCGAUUGUGUAGACUCACACUCGGCUCCUACCCCAAGAACCUCCAACAUUCCUACGCCUCUCGUGGCGAGCUGAGCUUCGGAGGCUGGGGUAUCUCCGCAUUGACUGUUGUGCAUUUGUGGGAUAACAAUGGAGAAGGCCUUGUUCAAAGUCAGUUCCUUUCGGUUAUCUCAGAAGGCCAAGAAGGAACUAUCUUCAAUAGGAGAUGAUUUCAAUUCUUUCACAACUACAGUUGAAGGAGGAGCAAAAUGGAUAUUCAAUAAACUGAAAGGCAAAACGCAAAAACCAUUGUCAGAGUUAUUACAGGAUUAUAAUCUUCCCCCAGGACUAUUCCCCCAAAAUGCUACCAAUUAUGAUUUUGAUGAAGUGAGGGCAAAACUUACUGUCUAUAUACCUUCCGUUUGUGAGGUGGGCUUCAAAGAUUCUUCGGUUGUACGAUACUCUACAAGAGUGUCAGGCUUUCUUCUGAGGGGAAAACUAACAGGAAUUGAAGGAAUGAAAACUAAAAUAGUCUUAUGGGUCAAAGUUACCACAAUUUCAGUAGAUGGCCCACGAUCAGAUAAGGUGAAUUUCACUGCAGGUGUGAAAAAGUCAAGGCCAAGAGAUGCAUAUGAGGUGCUUCGAGAUGGAGUAGUUGUUGAUGAGUUUUAAGCUAGAUCUAAUGUUCCUAGGAAAAUAGGUAGAUAUUUAUUAAUAUAUUUGUCAAUAUGCUAUGCUCGGAAGAUUAUAAUUUACAGAUUCUGGGUGCAAAAAUUGAAUGAAAUGCACUGGCUGGCCUCAUUGACAAGUAAUUUGUUACAAAAGCAUCUUUCGUAUCCUGUGUUUUAAUUUAACCUUAUUCCUUAGCUUUUGCAA